AAUCACAGAUACGGAGGUUGGGAAGAGGAGGGCGCUUUACUUCAUGCAUCUCUCACACUUCUGUAGACAUCUUGAAUGAAGACGAAUUCAGCUAAAUUACUACAAACAAAACAAGCAAAUAUUGGUUGUGCAAAACGGAUGUUAUUUGUAUAAGAAAUGUCACAAAAAGGAUUUUCAUUUUCAAUUCAAAACAUUUUGACCCGUAACAAUACGGACAUUGAGAAUCAUAUUGGGAGGGAAUUUACUGAAUUGUGCUUAAUGUCCGACACGGAGUUACAGAACGAAAUCGGAGGUAUUAGUAAGCGGGUCCCACAAACGUGUCUUGCGAAUUACAAGAUACACCCAAAAACUGACUGCCAAGGACAGAUGCCAAGUUCUCUGGAAAGUUCUCAGCCCUGGAAAAGUUUACAAAGGGACGAAACUCGGCAACUGAGUGAGCGGUGCUGCAGCGAGGCGUACACAGUAGUUUGCUCGGAGCAUUCGGCCAUAGAACGACAUCAAGAAGUCGAGAGGAUGGCAGACGAAGAGGAAGUCCCAAAGAAUGAGAGCCCAGAGCCAAGACCAGGGAAGAAGCGAUCACGGGCCGCUUUUUCUCACACCCAGGUGUAUGAAUUGGAGCGGCGUUUCAAAAUGCAGAGAUACCUGUCGGGUCCAGAACGAGCGACCCUUGCUGCAGCCCUUAAACUUACAGAAACGCAAGUGAAGAUCUGGUUCCAGAAUCGCCGGUACAAAACCAAAAGAAGACAACUCGCAGCCGAACUAGCGGCUAUCACCCCUUCGCCCUGCACCACAGCCAAGAAGGUAGCAGUCAAAGUGCUGGUGAAGGACGAUCAGAGACAGUAUAGGACGGAAGACCUGCUGAACCCAGCUAGUGUCCCCGUGUAUCAAGCCUAUCAGUAUUAUCCAUACAUUUAUUGUUUUCAGCCUAUGCCAUCUGAAGUUUCUUUGUGUGGAGGAACACUUUAAUAAGAAAGGAUCCCUUGGACAGAGGUGGUCAGCAUAUUACUUAUUAAAAUGGCAUUUGACAGAUAUCUGUAUAUGAGAUGUGUACGUGAUGGGGGCAUGUGGGUCUUCAACGAUAAGCAUUUCACGGCUCUUAAAGUUUGUUUGAUGGGAAUAGAUGGAAUGACACAAAAUGCAAAAUGUAGACCAAUAUCCAAAAGCCUGUACGUUGAUUUAUGAAUUGCGAUCUAGUGGUUUACAGAUCUACAGAUCCUCUGGAACUACACUACUGUAAUUACUAACGAAGAAGGAAAAACUACAACUUUCAAAAACAUCCCCUCUGCAGCAGCUGCUGGCUUUAUCUAGAAAUACUGUAAAAUAAAUUCUUAUAUUUAUAUGUUGUUGUGACUACUUUGGCAAGAUGACUGUAAUUCUGUUCUUCAGGUCCGGUAACCUUUUACAGGAAUUCUGACAAAGCCAUACUGAGUCGCAGGCUUCGUUUUAGUUGACAAUGACUCAAAAUAACUGAGUGCGGGAACAAUUAACAUUUCACGUUCAACUGAGUGCAAAUUGAAUAAAAUCGUAAUUAAGGAUGUUCAUUUUUGAAAACGCUGAUCCGUUUAAGGGUAUGUCUUGCACUUUAAUGUAAGUUUAUAGGUAUAUGUAAAAAUGUUUAAAGAAAAUAUAAAACACUUGUGUGCACUGUACAUUUGUGCCUCUAGUGCGCUUCUUUUUUUUUUUUUUUUUCUUUGGUUAAACCUAACUUUUAUAGUAAAUGUACAGUUGUUACCACAAAGUAUUCUAGACAGAAAUCAUGAAAUUGUAUUAAAGGAGGAAAGUGAAAAGAAAAUCUGUAUAUUAUGCCAAUAUGCAACUCUAACUAUGGACUGUAAUGAAAUUAGUAAGGUUUUUGAUUUUUCACAUUUAUUCAGGUAACAAUAUUUACUUUCUUAGAACUGUUUCCUUUCGUUGUUCUUUUCUUGGUGAUACAGAAAACAAAAUGUAUUGUUACACACUUGAUUGAUAAAAUAUUUCUGUUGUUUUUCAUCCAAAUGCCUCGAUUGUUGUUUCAUGUUUACAGUAGCCAUAGUAAAAUAAAAAAAUGCCAAGUAGGCUUACAAUGUUCAGUCCACUGAAAGACAAUUUAGUGUGGUUUUCUAAU